UUUACGGCCUAAAUGAUUGAUUUCCCGUGGCAUAUGCCCCUCGAGAAGACGCCCCGGGGCAUGCCCUAAGGCUUUGGACCCUGAUUAAGGCUCCCCGAGCGGCGGGAAGGGCGCUAGGAGGCUCUGAAGGAGACAGCCACUCAGGAAACGCCUUUCCACCAAAACAAAAAGGACGCCAUCGGGCCACUGUGGGAAGACUAUCAGCUCGAGUGCAUUUUUAUGGUUAUCGGGAAUAUCUGGCCGUUUUAGCCGCCCUUCGAACAUGGUGUGGUUGUAGCUGUAAGUGGUGAGGAUUACAGUAAAGCCACGUUAAUCCAGACCCUAUCGGACCGGAAUCCCAGAUAAUCCAAACAGAUUUGAAAUCUGCAGAUGUUUAAGUUGGAUUCACUGCAGGACACCAAGAGAUCGCAUCAAAAUGAACCUCUCUCUUCAAAUCAUUUGUUUAUUAGGCAGCUCACCAGUGUUGAUGAUCAAGUGAUUCGUUACGUCAGUUCUUCGGAGGUGCCUCGUCCCCUAUUGUCUUCGCCAUGGAUGCAACACAGCAGACACAAACCCAACCCCAGCCGCAGCCUCAGCAGCAGCAGCCGCAGGUCCAACAAGGAACGGCCCAGGCUCAGCAGCAGGUCCAGGCACAACUUGAGCCUCUUCAGGUGCAGGCACAGACGCAGACUCAAGUUCAAGUUCAGGCUCAUGCCCAGUUCAUCCAGAAAGGGUCCCCCGUUCAGAUGACGGUACCAGUGGUCCAGCUGCAGGUGCCGGUCACGCAGGCCACAGUAGAACUUCCUCAGCCCGUGGCAGCUCAGAUCGGGAUGUGGAUACAGGCCACGGAGAAGCCGUACGAGUGCGAGGAAUGCGGGAGGCGUUUUGCCCAGGAGAGCCACCUGAACAAUCACAUAGUCUGGCAUCGCAAGGAGAAGCGCUUCGAAUGUGAAAUGUGUAACAAACGCUUCACCAUGGAGAGCCACUUAGAUAGUCAUAUGGUUGUGCACAGUGCUGAGAAGAACUUCAAAUGUGAGAUGUGUGACAAAUGCUUCAUCAUGGAAAGCCAUCUGAAUGGUCACAAGUUAGUUCACGCCCAAGACAAGAAGUUCGAGUGCGAACUGUGUGACAAGAGGUUCACGAUGGAGCAGCAUCUCAGAAGCCACAUGCUUGUGCAUAUCAAGGAGAAAAAAUUCAUGUGCAUGAAGUGUGGCAAGAGGUUUGCUCAGAGGAGUCACCUCAACAGCCACAUGCAUUCGCACAAUGUUGAGAAGCGUUUUGAAUGUGCCGCAUGUGGCAAGCGAUUUGCCCUAGAAAGUCAUCUCAAUAGCCACAGUGUCAUACACACCAUGGAGAAACGGUUUGAGUGUCCCACCUGCAGCAAGCGAUUCUUCACAGAAGUCCACAUGAAUGCACACGUGCACGUGCAUAGUGUCGAGAAAAAGUUUGAGUGUGGCAUCUGCGGGAAGCGCUUCACCAUGGAAAGUCACCUGGGCAGCCAUAUGGUUGUGCACAGUGAAAAGAAAUUUGAAUGUGAGGUCUGUGGCAAGCGAUACACAAGGAUAGCACACCUGAACAGCCACAGGUUCGUGCACAGUGAAGAGAAACGUUACGAAUGCGGUGUUUGUAGGAAGAGGUUCUCUCAGAAGAGCCACCUCAGUAGCCACAUGGUUGUGCAUACGGAGGAGAAGCGAUUUGAAUGUGAGGAGUGCGGGAAGCGGUUCAACCAGGAAAUCCAUUUGAACAGUCACAUGUACGUCCACAGUGCCGAGAGGAAGUUUGAGCACCAGGAGUGGAGUCGGAUUGCACAGGUCAAUCAGAUCAAUGGACACAAGUUUGUACAUGCUGACAUGAAGAGAUUUGAAUGUGAGGAAUGUGGCAAGCGCUUCUCUAUGGAAAGCCACUUGAACAGUCAUAAGUUUGUCCACACCCAAGAGAAAAGCUAUGCAUGUGAGGAGUGUGGCAAGAGGUUUAGGCAGGAAAGCCACCUGAACAGCCACAGGUUUGUUCAUAGUGAGAAGAAACGAUUCGAGUGUCCGGACUGUGGGAAACGGUUCACGCAGGAAAGUCACCUCAAUAGCCAUAGAUUUGUACAUAGUGAGAGAAAGGGCAUUGCCUACGAAGAAUACUUGAAACAGCAAGCUAUACCGGUUGUGCCUCAAAAAACCACAGUACAGAUACCGGUAGUGCCUCCAAAAAGUACUGUUAACGGUCACAGCAGCCAAGUGCAGGUGCCUGUUGUCGCUGGUGAGAAGAAGCCAGAGCACAAUGAAGGGGUCAGACAUUUUGGUCAACAGACAUAUCAGCCAUCCUAUGCCUACGCUCAGUGGGAGCAAGUGCGUCCGUUGUGGCCGUUGUAGUCAAAUGUCACUUUAGUUUUGUAUGAAAAGUGAUCUGUACACAGUUAGUGGUAGCUCCAAUUAGCCAUAUACAAUUGCUAAUGCUAAUUGUUCCGUACCCUUUGUGGGGACUGUAUGAUCCUAGAUUUGUAUUUGUGACUUAACCUAUUUACUAUAGGUCCAUGCUAUUUUUAGUAGUAAUGCUUGUUUAGUUUUUUCCUGAGGGGUCGGGUGGGUGAAUGGGGGCAGACUUUUUUUUUGUUUUUUUCGUUUUUCAUGGUAUGGGAAAUAAUGUAAUACAGUAUUUUAAAUAGGAAAAUUUCACCUCUCAAAGUUCAUAGACUAUCUUCAUCCUCUGUUUUGCAAACUUGAUUUGGUUUUGUUUUGUGAUCACAGAAUUUUUUCUAUACUAUUGUUCUGAGUUGUUAUUGUGGCAUAUGCAUUGCAUCAUCUGUUCCUGUAUUAUUUUCUGUACAGGAUUAAUAGUAACAUGUUCUUAUGCAAGCACAUCAGGUAAUGAAUGGAAGUAUAACAGCUUUUCCCCAGUAUUUAUUCUGCAGUUUCUUGACUACAAUAUCUGUGGAAAGCAUUACGUUUUUAUAGAAAAAUGAGAAGAGGUGAGAGGUACGAAUGUUCAAAAUGAAGGUUUACUUUAUAAUGUUGUUAAACAAUGGAGACGUCACUUAGUAUUUUUGUUAAAAUGGGGAGUGGCUUGCUAGUGAUAUUGCAUUUCAUAUUGUUUUCUGUUGGCUGCAUUUGGGUUUGUUUGUUUGUAGUAAGUGUUGGAUAUUGUCUAUCCUGAGAAGUGAAGGAACAUGGAAAGCAAAUAUCAGUGACACAAGUUUCAUGAAAUAACUACGUAUGUGAUUUUGUAAGUCUAUGACAGGGAAGGCUUCUGCAUUGUUAUUUCUGUACCGAGUUAACGGUAGAACCUUACACAGGCCUGAGACAAAGUGUCAUCUCGUUUGAAAAUGUUUGUGACCUGCUUGAAGAAUACUAGCCCCUUUUCAAGGGUUAUUAGUAUGUCAUUGGUUGGGAAUUAAUCCGUUUUUUAAUUUGAAAAUAAGAUUUUUAGAUUUUAAGAAUCUUGAAUUACUAUUGUUAAUAAUGCUUUUUUUUUCUUUCUUUCCAUCUGACUUUCCACCCUCUCCUAACAAUCAUUUCCUAGUCCAACUGCAAGUUUUUCCUCCUGUUACACCUUUCAUACCUUCAUACUGAAUGACCUCGUAGUUCCCAGUGCUUGGCCUUUGGUGUAAAUUCUGUGUUCUAUUCUGUUCUAGGUUUUUGUCGCACCCUUUAGAACAUAAUUAAAGUAACUAAUUGACUUUCUGGUUGUGCAAAUGUGGAGCAGAUAAAAGCAUAGACUAUCUUGACAAACUUUGCCUCUAAUAAUAAGCAUUCUCAUGCACAUGGACGGCUCUACUCAGUCUCUUAUAGUACAAGACUCUGCUGUACAGUAUUCACUUUCUUAGACAAGCGUUGUUUACAAGAGUGGGUUAAGAACCUUGACAGCAUGAACUACAUGCUUGUAAAUCUUCAAGUAACUUGCAUUCGUUUUGUUAAAUGCUUCUGACAUUUGAAUUUUUAAUUUUUUUGGUGAUUUACAUUACACUAUGAUCAACUUUGCACUUCAUUCAUGUAUUGUAUUGUUUAAUUGCUAAAACAUUUGUGUCCUUCUGAAGUUCAAGGUAUAUUGUGAGGAAAUCAUAACCUAGUUAUUUGACUUUCCAUAUAACAUUUAAUUGAGACUCAAACUCAAGAGUAAAGCAUAUCUAGGGGAGAGAAAGGUCCCAUUGAUUUCUCGCCUCCAAAUCUGUUGUUAGAGUAGGCUGGACCGAGACCAGCAUGGCCACUUUAUCCCAAAAUCCCUCUGUUAUUAUAAUUAUUAUUUAUACAGCAGUUCAAUAAAACCAUAGUUUUUUUCUAGACUUGCUGGAAUUGCAUUAAGGAUUUACUUUUAAAUAGGCAAUGAAGGUCUGAGCAGGGCAAAGUUCAGGCUAUACUACAAGGUAUGAAGAGAUUGGAGGUAUCAGGUGGUAAGUUACAGAAAGUAAUGCAUCUGGAGUUCAGAAAGAUUGCAAAGAACCUUUUCUGCUGUGUGCAGUGUGCCAAAGAAGACUAUGCAGCCCAGUAACUUCUGAUGUAGUUGAGUACCGCAUAUCUCCCCUACCCCCUUUUUAUAUACAUACGUACUGUAUCUCAUCUUCUCUUCCAAGGGACGUGAAAGAAGAAUGUCUCUUUAGGUCAGUUAUAUUUCUUGUAUGUUUGGUGGGAUAAAUGUUUCAGAUCCGGUCCCAUGUUGAGUGGUGUUGCCAAGUAUAUCCUUUAUACUGAGUGCUAUUUCUUUUAAAAUAAUAAAGGUUGAAAAGAUUGAAGUAAUCUUUGGCUUCUUAAUGCUCAUAUUGUAUGUAUUUUUGUGUGAGAUCUUGCUAAACUGUCAUUGGAUAUAUACAAUUGUAAAGAAAUGUUAUAGACUAGAGUACUAUUUUUUUUUAUGGCUCAGAAGUGAGAUUGGUACUUUACAACCAGAACAUAUAGUUUGUGGGUUUUGUUUGCUGAAUAAGUAGAAGUUAUAGUGGAGAAGUUUGUGUUAUGUGGCAGUUCCAUUUUUUUAUCGGCCAUAUGACAAACCUAUUGUUCAAGAAAAUGCUUUACCAUUAUAUUAUUUUCUGUCAUUUAACUGCAAUACAAUACUGUCCGAAGGGUUUUUUUUUUGCAUUUGUCUUGUUUGCUUUUGUGAAUCUCAUUUUAUGAAUGUACGUUAAUGUGGUGUCCCUCACAAAGUGUUCCUGAGUGAUUUGCUUUCCAUGUCCCCAGAAGGUAACGUUGUCAGUGAGCUUUAAUUUUGGAUUGCUUUGUGAAAUUGCACAACUGGAUAGAGAUCAGUUGUAAGUGGUGACUUGUAUGUAAACACAAUGGCAAUGGUUCCAUAGCCUGUGGUAUUUUAAUUACAAAUUAAUUUUACUUUAACUAGUAUUUCCAUCAGUUAUGAUCAGAUUUCAUUUAAUGUCAGUGGUGAGGAAUUCUGGCAGAGAUUUGGCUAUGCAUCAUAAAUACACCUCACUCUGAUACAGUACUACUAUUUAGGUUUAUUUAAUGUUAUUUAAAAGUGAUGUACAUACAUGUAUGUUAUGCAACUGUAGAUGUAGAAUGGGUGAUACUUAUUUAUUUAACUGAAUUCCACUAUGUACCAUGUCUGGGUAGAGGGUGGUUGGGAAGGGAAGGGAAUUGUAGCAUUAUAAAAUAAGAUUGGCUGUCAUGAUAGGUUGAAGAGGGCGCCUUCUAUUGAUGUCCAUUUUGCAGCAGGGGAACUCGAGUUGCAUUUCAUCGACCACAGUGACAGUAAGGCUUAGUUUUCAGCAUAACAAUAGCAGUAGUACUUUUCUUUGGUAGACUGAUCCAUUUUGUGAAGUGUUGCUGCCACUCUGCUCUGAAAUGUGGUGCGAGUUGAUCGGGCUGGAAAUGAUUUGUCCUUAUAGGAGGUUCCUAUAGUAGUGCUUGACAAAAUUCCAAAACAUUUUUUUUUAAUUUGCACUGUAUAUUUGAAUAGUCUAUAUUAUACUAUAUACUGUAGGUAGUUUCAAAACCUCUUUGACUUUAGAGAGAGAGAGAGAAGAAGCAACGGUCUUCGUUUCCUAGUGCUACGUAUAUAUGUCAUCCCAGUCUGCCAUAGUUCAAAUUUUUGAACAUUAUUUAUUAGCGUAAAUGAUGUACGUAUUUAACUUUAUUUUUAACCUGGUAAACACAAACACAUAUAUGUACAUAUAUGUAUAUUGUAUUUUAACUUGGUAUUUUAAGGACAGGUGUAGCGCCUAACUCCAGUCGAUGUCUCACGGUUCGUUAAAAGGUGGAAAAUCACAAGUUAGCGUCUUUUUGGGGAUGAGUCAUUCGUGUAUAAAAUGUACAGAAUGUCUGUGACACACUGGGAUGCAGUACUUUGUAAUCAGCAAACUACAGUAGUUUCAAAUGUUAGUGUCAGGUAAGAGGACUGUUUUAUAAAAUAAGAAUGAACUAUGUAGUUGUUAGUUAAACUAAAGGCCCUCUGAAAUCGUCAUUUUUCUUAAUAUUAUUUUUGUGUAACUACUAGGGAUGCAUCCUGAAAUGUCCUGCAAAGCAUCAGCAAAUAUUAGAAUGAAAAAAAGGGUCCUUUAUUCAUACUAUACCUUAUUUUGAUUAUUCACAGUGAAUUGCAGUUUUAAUUUUUAAUAUUUAUUGCCACCAAAAUAUUUCUUGUAAUAUUUACUGAUGUAGAUUCCUACAGUGAAAAAAAUUCUUUUUUUGUUGAAUUAAUUCCUGUAUAUCUUUUGUUAAAUAAAUUUUCAUUUUUAUAUUAAA